UACUAAAUACAUACAAUUUAUUGUCAUCAAAUGAUCUAUUAACCCUUCCACUUUCGAAUUACCCUGCUAAACUGAGGAAUUCAUUGCCCCUUUUUUAAAUUUAAAAUGCGGGAUAGCCUAGAAGAAGUUUUCGAAUGUCUUUAUUGUACUAUUUGUAAAGUUGAAAUUUUGUACUUUGGUUCAUCCUCACAUGCCCCAGUCUCCCCCAAUCAAUUCGUAAUAUAUCACCAACAGGUCCCGUGUACCGUGGGAACCAUGCCUAGUUGGUCUGAUCUGAAAAUCAUGCAAAUGUAAAUUUCUAAGGUCUGAACCAGAAACAACACUCAGAAUUUCGGUCUUGAUCUGAAUCAGAAAUCCGGUCUUACCAUCAUUCUUAAGUUAUCCAUUUUAAUGCAAUUUUGUGGGAAUUCUAGUGUAAUGGUCGUCUCUUAAACUUACAGUAUUUUCAAGUUAGCUAACACACUGUCUAUCGAUAAGAGGGACAUGCCUAUUUCUGGUACUCUAGCAGUUGACAUAAUGAAAGGGUUAAUAUGAUCUGACAUAAGUUGACACUGUUGCAUUGCCCUAUUAGAUCCCUUAAAUUUCGAAAGGGUUGUAGGAUUUUAAUGGAUACAUUUUACUGAAAUAAAUUUGAAAUCAGUGCUAGGGAAUAAAAAGGUUAAUGAUAUUUUUUAUACUCUGUUAAUACUAGUCAUUUGCAGUUUCCAUUUGAAAUCAUGUAAUGGGCAGCUACUUUCCAUAUCUAAACUAAACUUUUUCGUUAAACUUUUCUCUUUGUUAUGUUUGUAGAAAGGUUUGCCAGUUUUAUUGUUUUAUAUCUUAGAUAAUAAUUUAUUACUAUAUGUAUAGUUUGGCCUUGUAUAGUAUUGUUGUAUUUGUUAUCACUUGUAUACUGGUAUAUCUUGCCUAUGUAUUAAGUUGGCGAUGGCAUACUUGAAAAUUAACCUUGGUUGCAUAUGGCCUGGUUUGUUGUAAACAUAUUUCUAAAUAUCUGGCAAAAUUGGCAUCCAAGAAUGAUUUUUUCUAAUCUAUUUGGAGCUAGUUACAAUAUCAAUAUUGUUUAUAUUUCUUCACUCAUACCCAUAAUCUUCAUACUUUGAACUCCAAUUUAACCAAAAUUAUUAUAUCAACUGGACUCGUUGUUCGGGCUUGACUGACAAACUUUUCUUCAUUGACCUAGUUAUCUUUAUUAGUAAUUGAGAUUUAUUGAUUGAAAAUGGCUGAUUAUGAAUCAGAUGAAAAUGAUAAAAUAUUAGGAGAGUUUCUCAACUCGGCCCAUGGGAAAGAUCUGCAAUCUAAUGAGAAUGGUAAAUCAAGUACAAAAUCAAGCACAGAAAAGGUGGCAAUUCAAGAUAUAGCUGGCACAUCUGGAACCGUCUCAUUUACAAGUGCGUUUGCAUUCUUACAAAAAGAUGCCGAAGCUGAAUAUAAGGCUUGUCUUCCAAGUGGAGGGAGCACUCGAACUUUUGCUCUAGGAUCUGGCAAUGCUAUUAUGGUUAACCCAUGUCAGCGUGGUAAUCCCGUUUUGGAUAACAUAUGUAAUGUUCCUUGGCAAUAUGCGGACAAAGAUGCCGGAAUGGUACCUGAUUACAUUAUGAGUGCCACGUCUUGUUGUUUAUUCCUAAGUCUUCGAUAUCAUGCUUUAAAACCAAAUUAUAUAUACGACCGUAUUCAAGCAUUGCGGAAAUCUGGUCAGUUCUCCAUUAGAGUGCUUCUGGGGCUCGUUGAUGUCAAAGAGCCUGCUCAUGCAGUUAAGGAACUUGCGAAAGCCGCAUUAGUAUCGGAAAUGACACUUUUGCUGGCAUUUAGUAACGAAGAAGCUGGGACGUAUUUAGAAACUUUCAAAGCGUAUAGGAAUAAACCUGCGGACUUGAUUCAAACCAAAAUAAAGAAAGAAUUCACAGCAAGACUUGCCGAGACUUUAUCAUCCGUUAAAUCUGUUAAUUCCACUGAUGCACACACUUUAUUAUCAAACUAUAAAAAUUUGAGCAAUGUUGCAAAAGCUACAGAACAUGAUUUAGCUUUAUUGCCUGGUUUAGGGGGGUUAAAAGCAAAGCGGUUACAUGAUAUAUUCAGACAACCAUUUUUAAAAGAAACUAAAAAAUAAAAUUUCUUGACUUGAGUCUUCUUAUAUGUUUGUCAAUUUGUUAAACUUGAAUGUAAAGUAAUUUUGUGUAGUAUAGAGGUGUUAUUCCCUGUUGUUCGCCAUGGAUCAUUGCCAAAGUGUUCUGUUUACUUGCGCAUACAAUUUUUGUAGCCGUUUUCAUUUUCUGCUCGUAUUUUUCAUUGACAAUAAAAUCAUUCCAUUUAUAGA